AUGGAGCUGUCGGCUUGUCAGCUCCUCACCGAAAAGCUGUGGCGCUGUCUUGAAAGCAACGAAGUCAAAACCCAUGAUCAUAUGCCAUCUGAACUGUCCGGACUGAAGGUACUCGAAGAAAGCUUCUAUUAUUGUCCUCGAACAGCCAAGCCAAAGGAUGAAUCUCUCAAGACCAAGCUUUUAUGA